AUGCCCCACGAAGACGGGAACGCCUAUUCCCCCGUCGUGGCGACCGUUUCCCUUGGGGGGAGUGUGGUUCUCGACGUCACUUCCAAGCCCCAUACCGACGAGGAGGAUGAGGGAGCGGAAAAGAAGAAGAAGAAGGCAUGGCGAAUCCUCCAAGAACCCCGAUCCCUCCUCGUGACGACGGGGGCCGCGUAUUCGGAGACGUUGCACGGGAUCGCGGAAGUCAGGGAGGAUGUGGAUCUGAGGAAGGGGACGGUGGUUAAUUGGGAGCUUUUGGGGGAUCCGGGGAGGGUUGGAGAGGAGGGGGGAGGAAAGAAUGUGAGGGAGACGAGGAUCAGUUUGACGUUUCGGGAGGUGAGGAGGGUUUCGGCGAUUGGGGGGAAGAUUUUGGGGAAGGGACGGGGAGGAGGAUGA